ACCGCAAUGGAAUAUGGGCUCAAAACUAGGGAGGAUAAUUAUGAAGAGGAAGCAAAUAACCUGAUUGCCAAUAUGCAAAUACACCUAUCUUCGGAAGUGCAUGUACUGGCCAUUGGAUCUGGAAAUGGUAGUGCAGAUGAAUACUUUAUCAAUGCACUGGUGGCGAAAUAUUCCAAAGUACGAUAUUGCGUCGUUGAUCCAGCGAAGGAACCUCUAGAGAAAUUCAAAGUUUUGGUUCAGUCUCAUGAGAGCAAGUGGGACAAUGUUAGCUUUGAGUUCCAUGCACAGGAAAUCAAUGAUUAUCUGAAAGACCGCAAUACUGUAGAGAGAUAUCAUCUCAUUCAUAUAUGUAAUGCUGUGAAUUGUUUUAGAGACGGGAGAAAAGUUGUGUCCGAGUUAUGCAAUGAUCGUUUAUAUGACAAAGGAAUUAUUCUAAUUAGAGUGAUUGGAGGAGGAUGGGAGAAAUGUAGAAGGAACUUCAGGAGAUAUUUGUAUGACCCAAAUAAAAACCUACUUGGAGCAACAAUGGUAGAGGAGUUCCUGAGACAUGAAUCAAAAUUAGCGGUCGUCAAAAAUAUCAAACGAUAUGUACCAAUUACUGCCACAAAAUGUUUUGACGAGACCUCUGACGAUGGAAAUAAAUUGCUAGAUUUUUUUCAUCAGAAAUUAGAUUUUAGAAAAUCGGUGCCUAAAGAUGAAAUCAUAACCCUACUGUCUUUCUUGAAAGACAAGUGCUGCGAGGUUGUUGGUGAUGAGGUCAUAUUUGAUGCUACUGAAUGUGAUAUUAUAGGCUCUAAGUAG